ACGUAACCCCACAUAUCCAAAAUUAAAGCUGCGAGUAACAACCAAUGGCACGGUACUAUGGCUUCUCUCUCAGCCGCUCCUCCCGUUCGUCUAAUCCCUCCCGCCACCGGCGAUCGACUCGCCUACCGCCCCUCACUCUCCUUCAGCUCCCUCCGAUUCUCUCCCCUGUUCUCCCGCAUCGUCCUGCGUCGGAAGAAUGUUUCUCGAGCGUUUUCCGGUGGGAGAAUCGAUUACUCGACAGUCUCGUCACCGAUAUGUGCAGCGUCGAAACCCGAGCAGCUGAAGCGUGCCCGAGAAGAAAUAAAAGAGCUUUUCAAGACUAAGUUCUGUCACCCUAUUAUGAUUCGGUUGGGUUGGCAUGAUGCUGGUACAUUUGACAAGGAUAUUGAGGAGUGGCCAAAAAGUGGUGGUACUAAUGGAAGUUUAAGAUUUGAAAUUGAACUGAAGCAUGCAGCAAAUGCUGGGCUUGUCAAUGCUCUUAAUCUUCUUCAGCCCAUCAAGGACAAGUAUUCCGAUGUAACUUAUGCAGACUUAUUUCAAUUGGCUAGUGCUACUGCUAUAGAGGAAGCCGGAGGACCCAAAAUCCCCAUGAAGUAUGGAAGAGUAGAUGUAUCUGGACCUGAGGAUUGCCCAGAAGAAGGGAGACUUCCUGAUGCUGGUCCUCCUUCCCCUGCUGACCAUCUUCGUAAUGUAUUCUACCGGAUGGGCUUGAAUGAUAAGGAAAUAGUUGUUCUUUCUGGUGCACACACACUUGGAAGGGCAAGGCCAGACCGUAGUGGAUGGGGCAAACCGGAGACCAAAUACACGAAAGAUGGACCAGGGGCCCCUGGAGGACAAUCAUGGACGGUUCAGUGGUUGAAGUUUGAUAACUCCUACUUUAAGGAUAUUAAAGAAGCGAAGGAUGAAAAUCUGCUAAUUUUACCUACUGAUGCAGUUCUGUUUGAAGAUUCUUCAUUCAAGGAAUAUGCAGAGAAAUAUGCUGAAGAUCAAGAUGCAUUUUUCAAAGACUAUGCUGAAGCCCAUGCUAAGCUUAGUAAUCUUGGAGCUAAAUUUGAUCCACCUGAGGGUUUCUCAUUAGAAGACAGUCCUGCACAAGUCCAACCAGAAAAAUUUGUGGCAGCAACAUAUUCAUCAGGAAAGAGUGAACUCUCAGCUUCCAUGAAGCAAAAGAUGAGAGCAGAGUAUGAAGCAUUUGGAGGCAGUCCAGAUAAGCCUUUACCAUCAAAUUACUUCCUUAAUAUCAUGAUUGUGAUUGCUGUCUUGGCAUUUGUGACAUCUUUGAUUAUGAACUAAAUUUGCUAAGUAACAUAACUAUAUAUAUUUCUAACUAAAAGUAUAGAUGUUCUCAUACAUAUGUGUUCUCGUACUUGUGUGUUUUUUCAUCCCGUUGAAUCUGGUCUGAUCCAUCUUUUGGAUAUAUUUAAUGCCAAAUGCUGGUUGGUUCUCUA